CAUGGUUCCAGUUGAGCUCAGCCGGAGCAGGGCAGGCGCAAGUCCUCCUCUCUGGUUCCCGUCCACAGACCAGCAAGUUACACCAUCCAGGAAGUAGACUGCUUGGUUUGCUUUACUGGGUUUCCGUUUUUUGCACGCCUGGUGUGGAGUGCUGGGAACAACUCAGCUUGCAGCCGUAGCGGCCAACACGAGCGCAAACUUCAUAUCUGUAAGCUGCACCUUGAGGUCACAGCCGGGAUUCCUGAAGCCCCUGAACCAGGCCAAGUGAGGAAGCUGAGCCAGAGGCGACAGGGACCCACUGACCUGAGGCCGGAGACCCUGCUUCCUACCAGCCUUUGUCUCCAGAAACUGGAAAGAAGACCUCGGACCCGGGAGAGGCAGGAGAAAUGGGAGGCACCCGGCGCGUUGCCGUUUUCUUGGUUGUGUGCAUCUUUACCCAGUCACGCGGCCGUGGACAAAGCCUGGAGCCAGAGCCGCUGGGGAGAAGACCUCAAGCUGUGGAAACAAAGAAAGCCCUGCAGAAGAUGGAGACCAGAUUCCUGCUCCUCCCGGACGGGCACGGCCAGGGCUGUGAGAUCGGACCGCACCGGCCAGGCUCACUGCAGGAGUGCGGCUUCAACUCCUCCCGGCCGCUGGUGCUGAUCAUCCACGGGUGGUCGGUGGACGGCGUGCUGGAGAGCUGGGUGCACCGGCUGGUGGCCGCGCUGAGGACCCAGCCAGUGAACGUGGGGCUGGCGGACUGGCUGGCCCUGGCCCACCACCACUACGCCGUGGCCGUGCGCAACGCGCGCCUCGUGGGCCAGGAGGUGGCCGCGACACUGCGCUGGCUGGAGGAAUCCGUGCACCUGUCCCCGAGCAGCGUCCACCUGAUCGGGUACAGCCUGGGCGCCCACGUCGCAGGGUUCGCAGGCAGCUACGUUGGCGGGCGGCACAAGAUCGGGAGGAUCACAGGGCUGGAUGCCGCCGGGCCUCUGUUUGAGGGAAUGUCCCCCAGAGAACGCCUCUCUCUGGAUGACGCCGCUUUUGUGGAUGCCAUCCACACCUUCACCCGGGAGCACAUGGGCCUGAGCGUGGGCAUCAAACAACCCAUCGCGCACUACGACUUCUACCCCAACGGGGGCCGCUUCCAGCCCGGCUGCCACUUCCUGGAGCUCUACAAACACCUGGCGCAGCACGGCUUGAACGCCAUCCCCCAGACCAUAAAGUGCGCCCACGAGCGGGCCGUGCACCUCUUCAUCGACUCCCUGCUGCACGAGGACGCGCAGAGCACCGGGUACCAGUGCAGCGGCAUGGGCAGCUUCAGCCAGGGCCUGUGCCUGGACUGCAGGAAAGGCCGCUGCAACUCCCUGGGCUACCACGCUCGCAAGCCGCUGCGGGCCAAGAGCAAGAGCCUCUUCCUGCUGACCCGCGCCCAGGCGCCCUUCCGAGUCUAUCAUUACCAGUUCAAGAUCCAGUUCAUCAACCAAACUGAGAAGCCAGAGGAGCCGACCUUCACCCUGUCGCUGCUCGGGACCAAGGAGGACAUGCAGCAGGUCCCUGUCACGCUGGGCAAGGGAAUCACCAGUAAUCAAACCUACUCCUUCCUCGUCACCCUGGAGCUGGAUGUGGGCGAGCUGGUCCUGGUCAAGCUCAGGUGGGAGCGCGGCGCGGUGUGGACCAGCGUCUGGAACACGGUGCAGGCCAUGGUGCCCUGGGGCGGGGACACGCGCUCCUCCAGCUCCGGCCUCAGCCUCGCGCUAGGGACCAUCCGAGUCAAGGCCGGCGAGACGCAGCAAAGAAUGACAUUCUGCUCAGAAAACAAGGAUGACCUACUUCACCCAGCCCAGGAGAAAACCUUUGUGAGAUGUGAAGUAAACUCUAAAACACUGAAGCGAAAGAUCAGCUGAGCUAAAUGAGACCCGGGGUAAAGAACGAGUGAAUCGGAUUUCUUACAGGGGACAACUGCCUAUUUGGAAACCAAAAUUAUGUAGAGAAUCUGGCAUAAAGUUUCAAUAAAGCUUAAAGAGGAGUAUAUUUCACUACUACAAACUGAGUUUUUUAAAACUAUAUUAUACGACUACUUUCAAGUCUUAGUGCAACUAAAAAGUUCCACUCUUAUCUCCGAUUGAGUGUUAAUAUAUGUAAAUAAGCACAAAUGUAAAAGUCAUUUUAGAACUGUUGUUCUAAUUUACAACGUCUUUUAUAAUUAAAUCAAAUUUCCCAUA